GCUUGACGUUGGAAAAACUUUAUCUCUUUAUCUCAUUUCCUUCCUGCCUUGGCUUUCCUUCCGCUCCACAGUCGCUCGCCUGCAGAGCUCUUACUCCGCUCUGCGGCAGCAUUUGAAGAUGAACGACGGCGCAGCAACAUGGCCCGCUUGAAUCUCCAGGUGCUUGUGACAUUGUCUCUUCUUUGCUGGUCCUCCAUCUUUGGUACGCGGCGUGCCGCCACCUGUCGACCUCUCUGCGUCGGGAGCGAGUGCUUGCUAAUCCACCGAGACCAAGUGGAUUUCACAACGGCCCAGGAAAGAUGUCAAGCCAACAAAGGAGUGCUAAUGACACUUCAGUCAGCAGAAGAGAAACAAUUGCUCGAUAUGGCGGCGCAAGAACUUGCUGGCAACUUCUGGCUUGGACUUCAUCUGCCCGGCGACGCCUGCAGCAACCUCUCUCAUCGUAUGAGAGGCUACGAGUGGACCUCUGGCAAAGGGCACAGCGAGCGGCGGGUUCUCUCUUCCAUCGCCUGGAAAGAUAGCGUUCGAGUCUGCUCUCCGAGCUGCGUCUCACUUUCGAGAGAGAGAAAGCUCCGAGAGUGGCCGUGCUCACAUCGAAUGGACGGAUUCCUGUGCAGGACCUCCCACCAAGACGCGUGCCCGGCACAAGAAUUAUCCGACGGGACCUUUUUUCCCAGUUCCAAGGGCUGCUCGGGCGCUCCGUGCGAGCAUGUGUGCACUCCGGUAAAAGACGGCUUCAAAUGCUCUUGUUUCGGCGGAUACGCAGCGGACAGGACGGACGGCAGGCGCUGUCGAGUCCACUGCGCCGAGGAGACGUGCCCGGCCGUCUGUGAGAAAAACUCUGGCGGUGUUUGCUUCUGUCCCGACGGCUUUGUCCUAAGCGAUCAAUUGUGCGAGGACAUCGACGAGUGCUCGAUGAACGAAUGUGAGCACGAGUGUCAAAACACGUUUGGAAGUUUUGUCUGUGCCUGCAAAGAAGGUUACGUACUAAGACAUCAGGUGAAAUGUGUCAAAGCAGUCCAUGAGCCUGUCCUUAUCACCACUCCCUCUGUCAGAGGUUACGUCAAGCCUGACAACGACACGACGAAAGCUUCCACUCUUUCCGCUGCCACCUUUACUUGGCUGUGGAUUUUUGCUGCUUUGGCCGUGGUGGCCUUUAUUUGUGUGGGAAGAUUUUACGUGAUGAAGCGCCUCAAGCACAGAGAGCGGCAGAAUCUCAACCCGAGUGGCCCUUAGUGAGGCUUGAACCGAUGACAUUGAAAAAAAGAGUCACAUUUCUCCUUGAUGAGUAGAGAAAAUGAAUGGACUGUAUAUAGAGAAAGCUCCACCAGCCGCCACUGGAUGUCACUGUCUAUCUGUCUCUCAUAGAGCACCAUCUAAAAAAAAAAAAAGGUCAAGACCCAAUGAUUGUCUCACACACAGUGGGUGUGGUGACAUUUGUCUCUGCAUUUAAGCCAUUUACUGUUGUUUUCGACAAAUUCGAACUCAAAAGUUAGGAAGGUUAAGGACUCUCUACUGUCUGCACGUUGUGUAAAUAUCAUGAAUAUGAACACGCCAUUAAAUAUGGAUGUAUUGUUUCAGAUAGUUCUAUUUAAAGGUUAAAAAUGUCCAUUACCCUUCAACGGUUUGGGGUCACUUACAAAUAUCCGUAUUUUUCAAAUAAAAUCAGUAUAUAUUUUUUUUUUUCAAUGAGGGUAAUAUUCAACUAAUCAGGAGUACACUGACAAUGUGAUAAAUGUUUUUGAAUGCAAUAUCUCCAUAGGUGUAGAAAGGCCCAUUUGCAGACACCACACCUAAUUCCCCGUUGCAAUUGUGUUAGGAGGCUAAUGGAUGAUUAGAAAACCCUCGUGCAAUUAUGUUCAUGGUCAUGGAAAACACUCAAUUGUCUGGGUGACCGCAAACAUUUGAACAAUUACCAAGAAAAGGCCCAAAUGUCUGGCAGAUGACCCAGAAAGCCUGUGUGAUUUGUUCUACGUACUAAAACGUCGAGAAAACUUUGAACAGCACCCAGAACUGCUUUUUUCCAGUUACCUAAACCAGAUAAGAGCAUAUUUGAACACUAACCCCAGCUUGUAAUCAAUGACCAACUUCACGACCAGCAUACGUGAUACCUCAAGGCCACAGAUCAGUGGAGAAGAAGUCUCCAAAUAAAGACAAACUAGAACCCAGGGAAACUGUAAACCCUUGCUCUUUACAAUGCACAUACAUACAUGCACAGACAUACAUGCACAGACAUGCAUGCACAGACAGACACGGACACAGACACCGACAGACAGACAGACAGACAUGCACAGACAGACACCGACAGACACAGACACCGACAGACACAGACACAGACAGACACAGACACCGACAGACACCGACACCGACAGACAGACAGACAGACAGACAGACAGACAGACAGACAUGGACAGACAGACAUGCACAGACAGACACAGACAGACACAGACAGACACAGACAGACACAGACACCGACACAGACACCGACAGACAGACAGACAGACACACAGACAGACAGGCAUGCAUACAUUGGUCCAUGCGUAGACAUAAAGGGUAGCAGGCCAAACGAUCAUGUUUGAUUUGACUUUUUCUCAACUUUAUUGACCAUUUGAAAUGUACAAGAAAAGAGCAUAUCUGCACUACAUCCCAUACUGUGCAUAUAAACGUGGAGAUUAUACAACACGAAGUAAAAUAGAUUAUAACCAUACAGAUUAAAUGUAUUUUUAUGUCUUCAUUUGCCUACUUGUGCAUGAUGCAAUCAUCAAUUGAUGUGCCCACAUUUUUGUUUUAAAGGCAAUAAAGAUAACACUACAUUUUUGUAAAAACACAAA